UCUCGCGCGUUUAUUCCUCCACUCUCUCUUUUCUCUUCCUUUGGACAGAGCGCACCGCAUCCAUCAUCAUCAUCAGUCUUCACUCUAUGAGACUCAAUUCACAUCUCCGUCCGAAUCGGAUUAAAUCAUAACACAGAAACCAGUGCAUCCGCGGAUCAGUGAUGUUCCUCCAUCUACUGCUGCGUGCCAUCUGCCUCUUUAUACUGUUGUCUUCUGCUGUCGCCAGUCCUGCCGCAGAUGAUACAGCUCUACAAGUGACCAUUCCUGAUAGCUUCCCCGUGUCUGCCAUUUUGGGGGGUUCCCUGAUUUUGCCCUGCCUGGUGUCUCUGCCCCGUACGCCCUCUUUGGGGCGGCAUGCUGUACUUACCCAGCCACGAGUAAAAUGGAGCUUUAUUUCAUCAAACAAAGACAUAGAGAUCCUAGUGGCUCGUGGGGAGAGGGUAAAGGUGAGUGAGAUUUAUAAAGACAGGGCGUCGCUUCUGAAUUACGCUGCUGCUUCGAAUGAUCUCACCCUCAGACUGGAUGGCCUGAUUCACAACGACACGGGCUUCUACCGCUGUGAAGUCCAGCACGGAUUGGAGGAUGCUAAUGACCUGGCUCAGGUGAAAGUUAAAGGUGUCGUCUUCCUCUACCGCCACACCUCUAGUCGCUAUGCCUUUACUUUUAAUGAGGCCAAAGAUGCAUGUAAGCACAUUGGAGCUCAGAUUGCUUCUCCCCAGCAGCUGCUGGCUGCCUAUUACAGUGGCUAUGAACAGUGUGAUGCCGGGUGGCUUUCAGAUCGCUCUGUUAGAUACCCAAUCCAGAUGCCUCGAGAGGGCUGUUUUGGAGACAUGGAUGGACUACCAGGUGUUAGAAACUAUGGCACGAUGGAUGCUGAUGAACUCUUUGACGUGUAUUGCUAUGUGGAAAACAUUCACGGGGAGGUGUUCCAUGGAUCGAACCCACAGCGCUUCACCUUGGCAGAAGCUAAGGCAUACUGUGAGCAACAGGGAGCUCAGUUAGCGACCACCGGCCAGCUGUAUGCUGCAUGGAACGAUGGUCUGAACCACUGCAGUCCAGGCUGGCUUGCUGACGGAAGUGUUCGCUACCCUAUCGUGACCCCUCGUGAACGGUGUGGGGGCACUGAGCCUGGUGUCAAGACCGUCUAUCGUUUUAGCAAUCAGACAGGCUUCCCCGAACCACAUACUUUCCAUGAUGCCUACUGCUUUAGAGGUAAUGGCAACUCAGUCCCACAGACAGUCCCACCAAUAGACUACAUGGCCACAGAACCAGAAGACCAGCAUAUUGUGACUUUAGCUGAACCCCAUGAGGAGUUCAGUGUAGAUCAGGUCAUCCAAAAAUCUGAAAAUGAGGCUCUGGGUGCCGUUGAGUCCUUCCCCAUUCACGGCACACAGACUACGAAGGAACCUGAGGAACACAAUCGUACCUCAAGCCCUCCUGAUGAUUUCACUGCUAGCACCAGUCCAGAUUUCACCAGCCCACCCAUCACAACUGAUCAGGACUCCACGGAGGUCACCACGCAGAAAGUGGAUGCCAAUCCCAUCAAUGCAGAAUUUGUGCCAGAGAUCUACAUGGAUCAAAAUCAAACAUUACAUGAGAGAGAACCAGAUGUGCAGGAAGCUUCAAAAACCAAUAUUUUGAGGAGCAGCAAUCAUACACACUACCAACCAAUGCCCGACACCAGCUUUGAGCCAUGGGAGCCAAUUUCACCUACACCGGUCCAGCCGGAAGUAACUGAACAAUUAUCCCCUGCACCCGAGGAGAUAGAUGGCUCCAAACAUUUCCAACCCAUGCCUGACACUAACCUGGAGGAUGAAAAUGAAGAGCAUACAAAUACAGAAACCAACAUGACCACUGAGGGUACUACAAUGGUAUACAAUGACUCACGCAAUCACACCACAACUCAAGAACUCCUCGCAGCUCCUUCAACUUUCUUUCUUGAGGAAGACCACAAUGCUACUCUAGAGGAAAAUACUGAGGAUAUUACAGAAGUCACAGAGUCAGAUGAAGACCUAAGGGUUUCUUAUAGCACUCAGUCCACCUCAGUAAGCACAUCUAGCAAUGCAGAUAUGUUGGAAGGUUCAGGUGAGGCUUUAACUGAGGCAUUUACAGAAGAGGCAGAACAUCUGAUGCCCCUGCAUGGAGCAUCUACGUCUAAGACUUUGACACAGAGCUUCCCAAUAACACAUCUGAGCAGUACUAGCCUGAGUUUAAAAUCUCAACAUGAAGAUGCAGAGCAUCAGAACAGUUCUGAAGAUGAUGGUGAAAGGACUUUUACUGUUCCUUUGUCUCUCGGUGCAGAUGAUAAUUUCACCGAUCACAUUACUGUUAGCACCAAACUUAGUAUUGUGAAUGAACUAGAAACAUUCGAAGGCUCAGGCGAUUAUGACGAUAACCUGGCAGUCACAACAUUGACCACACCUAUUCCUCACCUCCUGGGCACCCCAACCACACAAGGACCUGUACAGGUAGAAGUAAAUUCUCCAGGGGAUAUGAAGGAGAUUUUCUCUGAAAACCAAACCCUGUCUGUCCUAGGGACUGUAGAGGAGGAACUGGAGAAGGUGGAGCAGGAGGGCCUUGCAGAAGAACCCAUCCACUUUUAUACCACAUCCACCAUACCUAACAAUUCGACUUUUACUUUAAAUGUGAAUGGCAGUCAUGAAGAGGAGUCCUCAGAAGCAGGACAGUCUUCAGAAAAUUGGUCCUCUGUUACUGAGCAUCCAUUUUUAAACACAACUCCCAAUUUGGACAUUAAUGAUACAAAUACUGAUGAUGAUAAUCGGGCCAGUACUGUAGAACCACUUAUGGGUAUGGAAGUAACAUUGCUGCCUGCUGUUACACAGACACCUGACUGGAAGACUGUGACUUUUACAAAACCGGUGGAGUCCAGAGAAGAAGUGGAGUUUAGUGGGGAUGUCCCACUUACAACAGAAGACAACACAAGCUUAGGUGAAUCCUACUCUGAUGCCUUCACCGAAGAACAGCCAAGCCAAACUUCACCUACCAAGUCACCUGAACGUGAAGGUGAUGAUGAGGAUUAUGACCGCAUGACUAGAGCAAGCACAAACAAUAUGGAAUAUGAAAAUGAUGUAAAAACCACAUCUGAGCCUGUUACGCCACCUCCCAGACCAACGCAGAAGAUGUUGGUUAGGACUGGCUACAUUUCAGACGCAUGUAUUGAGAACCCGUGUAAAAAUGGAGGCACAUGUGUGGAGAGUGUAACGGGUAAAAGCUGUCUCUGUUUACCCACCUAUGGAGGAAACUUCUGCCAGAUAGAUCUAGAACACUGUGAACCAGGCUGGGAAAAGUUUCAAGGGUUCUGCUACAAACACUUCACCAAAAGGCAGAAAUGGGAGGUGGCUGAGCAGCACUGUCGGAUGUCUGGAGGUCACCUGGUCUCUAUUAUGUCUCCCGAGGAACAAGAGUAUAUUAAUGAUAAAUACAAGGAAUAUCAGUGGACGGGUCUCAAUGACAAAACCAUCGAAGGAGAUUUCCGUUGGUCAGAUGGGAGUCCACUGCUAUUUGAGAAUUGGUUUCGUGGACAACCAGACAGCUACUUUCUGUCAGGGGAAGACUGCGUUGUCAUGGUGUGGUACGAAGAUGGCCGUUGGAGUGAUAUCCCUUGUAACUACCAGCUCUCCUAUACAUGCAAGAAGGGCAUUGCAGCAUUCUGUGGUCAGCCCCCUUUUGUGCGCCACGCUAAGAUGUUCGGACGACGGCAACUAAGAUACAAGACAGAUUCGCAGGUGCGCUACCACUGCCAGCCAGGCUUCACCCAGAGACAGAACCCUGUUAUCACAUGUCAGAACAAUGGACAGUGGGAGGAACCUCAAAUCACAUGUACAUCAGUGGGACCUGAGUACUCGAAUGGAGAAAUGGUAACUUGGCCUGCUGGUCACAAGGAAUAUGUGAUUGUAGAUACAACGACACAAAAAACAAAACCGGAGUAUUUGGAUAUAAAAUGGAACGUUUAAAACGCUAGCAUUUGACAGUAGCAUUAAUUUCCAUUCAUUGUUUGUCUAUACCUUCUUCCCCACAAUGUUCCUUCUGUAACAGAAACAUAGUAUUUGUCCCACAUGUUCCCGCAAAUACUUCAUAAGCACAAUUAUAAUGGGAUCUACACUGGUACGGCUAAAACGGGACAUGCGAGGAACAAAAAAACUGAAUAAGCACUAAUGCUCAUCAUACCCCUCUCAUCAUACCCAUCAUCUCUUUUCUACUCCAUUUUUUUUGUGUGUGCGUGUACACCAUGACACUGAAUUACAUGUUUUGUAAUUCUAAGAUGCAGUUUUACUAUAACCUUCAUUUUGCACACUUGAUUAAAAGCAACAUCCAAACAAAGCUUGCAAAACUUGUGCCCAAGCAGCCAGCAGGUUUUAUGUCAUCCUGUUACAUCCUUUCUCUUUUUAAAAAUAAAUUAUGAGACGAAACUAUAAAACAUCUCCUGUCUAACCUCAGCUGGUCUGAAUCACUGUUGUUGUUUUACAUUAUAACCCUGUAGUGUCUAGAUGUGUCAGUCAUCAUCGUCAUAACUCAUUCAUCCUUAAACAUUUCCUGCAUCUUCUUGUUUUUCCUCACUUAAAAUGAUCUGCCAAUCGAGACUCAAGUUGUAUUCAAAAACGCUUAGAAUAACAGUAACCCAGCAUUUGUUUAUAAACUGUGGUCUUAUAGAUUUUAAUAAGCAGAGAUAUUAUUCUUGCUAUUCUAAGUAAAUGAAAAUGCCACAGCGUAAGGAAAGAGGUGCAUUUUCUUGGAAUCGCAAAUAGAGUACGCCAAUGUAACGCCUGUCAAUCAAGUUGGGUAUGGCACAACAGCCCAACCUUUGGGUGUUAGUGUCACAGUGUUUAUGAAGCUUUACGGAGCCAGGGAGAUACUUAUGCAAUUUACAAAUGUUUGUGGGUGCUACACCCAAGUUGAGUCUAGACUUGAGCUUUUUUAUAGCAGAAAUUCUGCAACAUGGUGCUCAGUUUUUCAGGUCUGUAGCAGAUGACUAUUUUAGACCGACUACUUAAGCAUGUUUCCUGCAUUACUGAUAAAAUCAUACAGUAUUUUAGUUUUUUGAUGGCCGAAACCAGGGCAUAUAUCCUUGAGAAACAUCUUAUGAACUACAUUUCAAGCAAUCAGAGCAUUUGCAUUUAAAUGUUAAAAUGUGCUUUGAAAAAAAGUAUUUUUUAAAUAAUUUAGUCAGAAGUAAUUUAUAUUUAUCUUUGAACACUGCUUAUGAAUUAACACAUCCGUAGUUAUUCUAACUAAUAGUGUGGUCAGUAAUUUGGUAACACUUUAAAAUAAGGUUGUAUUUGUUAAACAUUAGUUAAUGCAUUAGCUUACAUGAAUGAACAAUGCUUCUACAGUGCUUCUACUAAUGCUCUGCAUUUAUUAUUCUUUGUUUAUGUCAAUUUUGGCAUUUACUAAUCAAGCCUCGUAGCUAUUAACAUUAAUUAAUGCACCAUUAACUAACAUGAAUAACUGUGUUGACAUUUACUAACAUUAACAAGGUGAAAACUAUUGUUCCUUGUUUGUUCAUGUUAGUUAAUGCAUUUACUAAUAUAACCUUAUUGUAAAGUGUUACCAGUCAUUUUUGUUUUAAAAAGUUUCAAAAUAAAAGUUUUGCCAAAAUUA